AGAAUAGCUGGCACCGCCUGCCAGAUUCCCAGCAGAUCUCAGCGAUUUAUCGCAUCGCCGCAUCUAACCGUAAACUGUCUGUAAGUGGCUCCGCCGGACUCGGCUGGUCCUCGUUCGCAGGGUGGAGAGUUUAGAGGGAGUUUUCUUGCUGCUGAUGCUAGAGAGAUCAGUCCUUUAUCUCCCAUCUUCUCUUAUCGCCAUAUCUCCUCUCCCCCCUCUGCGCAUCUAAAUCGACACCGGUGGCAUAUGGACGCGCUGGAUGGCUGGUACACAUAGCAAACCAGCGUGAACCUUUUUUUCCCAUUAUCAUCAUCUUUUCUUGCCUUUGAGUCUGAAAUCAAAACAGCAACUACAACAAUGACGGAGCCGGCCAACCAAGAGUCCUGCCCUGUCCCAGACCCGACUAUAGUGGAUCCCAGCUCGGCUGCGUUGCGGAACGGCCAGUGCGCCCCAGAUGGCUUCACCAACAACCAUCACCAGCCAGCAAAAAGCCCCAGCCAGCCCGAGGCGUUCACCACGGGCCAGGAGAUGAAAAUCACAGAUAGUGUGGAGGGAGAAGGUCUCCUGGAGAGCAGCAUGCGCCUGAAGCCCCAUGAGGCUCAGAGCUACAGGAAGAAGGCACUCUGGGUCUCCUGGAUCUCCAUUGUGGUCACACUCAUACUGGCCGUGGCAGCUUUCACUGUAUCAUUCAUGAGACACAGCGCAUCAGCCUUUGGAUUUGCCUUUGAUGCCACGUUGGAUGUCCUGUCAUCAGUCAUUGUCCUCUGGCGCUACAGCAAUGCAGCAGCGGUGCACUCUGCACACAGAGAGUAUAUAGCAUGUGUAAUCCUUGGGGUUGUGUUCGUUCUCUCCUCCUUGUGCAUCCUUGGAAAGGCCAUCCAUGAUCUUGCUACCAGGGUGCCCCCGGAAGUGGAUGACUUUCUCUUCAGUGUGUCUAUAGUGAGUGGGCUCACAUGUGCUGUGCUGGCUGUGGCCAAGUUGCUGGGAAGAGUGCUGACUAGCCGGGCACUUAUCACUGACGGGUUCAACUCUAUGGUCGGUUCAAUUAUGGGAUUUUCAAUUUUGAUCAGCGCCGAAGUCUUCAAGCACCAUACUGACGUCUGGUUUUUGGAUGGCACCAUGGGAGUUGUUAUUGGACUCAUCAUUUUGGCAUAUGGCAUCAAACUCCUGAAGGACAUGGUGCCCCGUGUGAGACAGACGAGGAACUACGAACGCUUUGAGUGAGAGUAUGUGUUAGCCAGUAGAGCAGGUUCAAACACACACACACACACACACACACACACACACACACACACACACACAGCUGGCUGCCUCCUGCCCUCCACCCUCUUUUCUCUGUCUUUCCUACACACUUUAAUACACAUGCAGCAUAUGCAGACUACACGUUCCCAUUUUCACAAAUAUAUACACACAUGCUGUAUAAACUGUAGAUUAUACAUUCAUACAUUCCGACAGAAACAAAUGCACAUGCAUGCAUACACAAAUGCAGCAACUGAGAGACUUUGAGGAAAAAGAACAAGAUUGAAGACCACAUCCUGGAGAGAAAACACUUAAAGUUGAAUUCUUCUGUUCAGCCCUUAUUUACUUUUUAUCCACCAUUUCAAAAUUGACACCUAGAAUUAGAAUAAAAAAGUGCCCAAGAGCUGAGACUCCUGUCUACCAGUAGGAGCUAUGGAUUUGUUUGACUUGGGGGAUCCAGCAUCCGCUUUUUAGAUAACGGCAUUCACCAAUUGUAACACAAGAGACAACGGUGUAUUGAUUUGGCCUUGUCGGUUCAGCGCUUGGCAUGGUAUAACAAGGUAUAAUAUAUAAGCAUGGUAUAAUAUAUAAUAAGGCAUAACGGGGAUCAAAAUUCCAAAAAUUUCAAAUGGGGUAGAUUUUACUGUAAUGCGUCCUACACAAAACACAGUACAUUUCCCCAUAAUUUAUUUGAGAAAACAUAGAAUGAACUUUUUAGCAUUUUUUUUGUCUCCCUAUUGUAUCUUAAGUAGAAACUGAGCAACAGCUGAGGGAUGCUCACUAUAAUUUAAGGUUGUUUUGUUUUUCUAUUUAUUGUUAAGUACAGGUGUUCCUUUCCUAAAUCCAGUCCUGUCAAAACCUCACCAGCCUCCCCUCUUUAAAGCAGCCGCUAUAAUGUGUUGCUGAGAGAUGAAAAGCAUCAGAAAACAGGGUUAGGUCUUUAUCUGGAAACUCUACUGCUAAAAGGUAAAAGCAGUAAAAGAGCACAGGAAACACUGAGGAAAACAUUUGCCGUAUGAUGGCUAUAAACCUAAAGUGCACAUGUCAUUUAUAUACAUUGCAUAGCCUACUGUACUGUAUGUAAUGUAUCCAAGCACAAAUUAGAAAACGUUCCUUCAUGCGCUGGUGUUUAUUGCUGACAGUUUAGCACAGUGCCCGUUUUAACACAAGGGGUAAUUAAAAACUAAGAAACGAUUUGACUGGCUGACUUUUCAUUGCCAUAUAUUGUACAUAUCUUUUGGUUGGUCUCCUAAAACCAAAUACCAGAGUGAGUUAAUUACUGAACUCCAUACAGCAUCUUUUUGUUAUUUUACUAGAGACUUACUUUGACAAAGUUUUACCAGGCAAUAGCUAGCAUCUGAAGAAUAGCAAAAUACAAUUUUUAAAGGGUAAGACGUAUACACAUCUUGAUGUUUAUCUUGUGUUUUUGUUGUCACACCUUGUCACGCUUAUAAUUAAUAGAUGUGAAAGCAUUAAACUCUGCAGGAACAUCUCUGGCAAUUGCUGUGAUCCUAUUAUUUAACAUGUCAUUCUCAUGUAAUGUCAAACUCUAUCUAGCUGGGAUAUUUAUUACUUUCAAUGACAUUAUGUGUAUUUAUGUUUUCUUUUUCUCUUCCUUGUUUUGACUGCAAAGUUCAUGCAAAAAGUUGAAUAAGACAAAGUUUCAAACCUUAGAUGAAACAAAGCACAAUCACAAAGAUGAAGUAGCCUGUGUGAAUAUCAUUUUCAUGGGAUAUCAUUUGGAGAGGCAGUGCUUUCUAUUUGUGUCGCAUACCUGCUUAUACCUCAUUUGUUCUGCAUGGUACCAUUGUUAUCAUACAUUGUUAUGUUCAAUGAACAGAAUGUAAAUGCCAACCACACAGUCUGUAAAUAUGUUUAUUACACUGUCCAGGUGUAUCAGUAACAAAACGUCACAAAUAUAGUCGUAGUACUUCAUGGUCGACAUAAAAGGCUUUUUGAAGUAUAGUUUAAGUACAGGAGGAUCAAUGUUACAUAUUGUUGCACAUGUUUACUCUAUAGUGCUUAUGCUGUAAAUGUGGUUUUACAAAUUACUGUAGAUUAUUGGUGAAAUUAAAUGAUAAGUCUGUCUGUACAUUUUUGCACUAAGUGAAAAUCUCAGACUGGAUGUAGGUGGGAUCUUACAGCACUGUCCGAGGCUUUUUUAUCACUUAUUAGUUGCUGUCAAAAGAAGAACUGAUUGCCAAUCAAAUCAUUAUUUUACAUGUUAAAAUGGGAUAGCUACAACUUACCUGCUGGCACCAAUCAGUAUUAUUUUUUACUGAACUUUAGUGGGUGUUAUAAACUCCACUAUAACAUCACUCAAAUUCUUUUUUGGAGAAAAAAAUGUAUACUUUUAUUGUCAGGAAGCAACAGAAAUCCCACAAAACAAGCAAUUAGAUUUAGGAAAGGAGUUCAAUAUAUGGAUUGAUUUUGUACAACUGUAUUGAGAUCAAUCACAUUUGGAAAAAACAUUGAUAUGAAUAAUUCAUAGAUCUUGUGUAACGCACAAACACACACUGACAUUAAAUGAGCUCUUGACCAAAUAUGCAUAUUCACUAUUUAAAGUGAUGUAAACUGUGUACACUGUGUAUGACUUUGCAGCCUGAUUUCUUCCUGUAAAUGUGGAUCCAGAGUGCUUGUGUGCCCCCUCGUGGUAGGAGGCCAUAUGACAAAAGCUGUGAUUAGUAUUCAACACACUGGAUCCUAGAGAGAGAGUCUAAAUUUAUCCAAGGCUGAACACAGCUACAAAGCCUUGGGCAGUGAUUCUGAAGGCACCUACAUACACUCUGCACUGUAAUUAUCAUCUCUCUGUUGACAUACUGGACAAGGUGCAACUCUCUCGGUAUAUUGUCUUUAGUUUUUGUGAGAGUUCUUUGUGUGAACAACAAGGUUUAGCUCUGACUGAAGGUGUGAAUCAACACACACCACUUCAACUCACCAACAGCACAGUGAUUUGUAAUGUUCCCCCCUCUGAUGCAUAGAAGACAAUCUUUACAAUGACUUUUACUAGCAAAGCACAGUGUUUACAUGCUAAUAACCACCACAUGAGGCACAGAACAAAGUCAUAAUAACUCUUUGAAACGGUAUGCUUUUUCUUGCUCGAUUGCUGAUAUUGUCAACUAUAUUGUGUUCAGAUGACGUUUUUGAUCUUGGCAACAAAAUCCUUUCUACCUCUCUUCUUUGCACUUUGUUUUAUUUCCGUGUUGCUUUCUCUUGUGCACAUUCACGCUACAUAGAAUUUAGGCCGGGUGCUGCGAUUGUGGACCUGGACCCCUUACACUUCUUAGUAAUGGAUGAUCAUUAUAGCGGUUGCACUUACUGUAAAUCGGGGCAUUUCCAAAAAAAUAUGUUAAAUAUAACUGUAAGUCCAUCCAUCUAUAACGCCAUUGGUUUUAUAUGAAUGAAAUGUUUGAACACACACACUAAAAGACUAGAGGUUCAUUAGUCUAUGACCUCUGAACAUGUCUUUGCACAGACACAGAACCUCUAUUCAUUUGACAGGUUACUGUAUAUGAUAUAUUUGAAUCCAUUUCAUUGUUCUAUUGAAAUAGCUCAGAAAUGUAUCCAAUUCUGCAGCUUGAUGAACUGUGCCAAAUCAUUGACAUCUGUCCUGUCUUCUGAUCUGUGUAUCAUUCAAUUAAGCUUGUACAUAUGAAUUGAUGUAUUAUUACAGCCCCAGAAGAUGCACCAACCCGCUCAUUUGACCUAGUUUUACAAAAUUAUGAUAGCAAUAUUAACCACUUCUGUUUCAAUAAGCUUCGCAUGGGCAUAUUAAAACUCUUCCAACUUCAACGGUUACAAGUGCAAUGCAGCCCCACGCAUACAACAAAUAAGUGAAUUUCUAAUGAAUCUGAUGGAUCUGUAACCAAAUUAUUUGUCUGUUUGUACAGUAAUGACAUCAGUGGUAUUACAGAUGAUGUAAACACCAUUUAUUUAUGUAAAAUAACUAUGAGGUAUAUCUUUGUCAAAGAGCAAAAUUUUAUUGAUUAAUAAAGUUUUAUCCUGCUUAA